CACACAUAGACACAGACAGACACACAGAUAGACACAGACACACAGACACACACAGAUACACACAGCCACACAGAUAGACACACACACAGAUAGACACACACAGAUAGACACACACACAGAUAGACACACAUAUAGACACAGACAGACACAGACACACAGACACACACACAGAUAGACACACAGAUAGACACACAGAUAGACACACACAGACACAUACACACACAGACACAGAUAUACACACACACAGAUAGACACACACACACCACACACACACCACACACACACCACACACCACAUACACACAGAUAGACACAUACACACAGAUAGACACAUACACAGAUAGACACACACAGAUAGACACACACAGACACACACACAGAUAGACAGAUACACACAAUAGACACACAUACAGAGACAUCCGUCCAUAUAAACACACAGACGGACACACAGAGACACACAGAGACACAGUCGCACACACAGAGACACAGACAGACACAGACGCACACACAGAGACACAGACAGAGACACAGAGACACACACAGAGACACACACAGAGACACAGACGGACACACAGGGAUACAGACAGAGACACAGACGGAGACACUGAGACACACUUAUACUCACCCACACUUUUAGACUCAGAUCCGGCCCAGCCACUAAGCGACCCUUGCAAUUGCAAAGGGCCCCGUGGCCAGCAGAGGGCCCCCUAGAGUCACUGCGAGCUUGUGGGUGAAAAAAAUCAAACAUCAAAGGGGCCUCCAAACAAAUUUUGCUCAGGGCCCCCAAAGUUCUAGGGCCGGCUCUGCUUAGACUCACUCACACGCUUGGACACGGGACACCCUAAGGAAGGGACACUGAACAGGAGGAGGAGCUAGACGAGGUGUAGGAGGAGGAGCCAUGACGAUGACGACGACGCCGUGGUGCAGCGGGGUCAGCGGCGGGGUCAGCGGCGGGGUCAGCGUGCUGUCCGCGUGGUAUCACCGCGACCUGAGCCGCGUGCGCGCCGAGGAGCUGCUGGGACGCGCCGCUCGCGACGGCUCCUUCCUGCUGCGGGACAGCGAGUCGGUGCCCGGAGCCUUCGCCCUCUGCCUGCUGUUCCAGAACCACGUGCACACCUACCGUAUCCUGCCAGAUGAGGAUGGAACGCUGGCCGUGCAGACGUCGCAGGGCGUGCAGACGAUCCGCUUUGCGAGCCUCACGGAGCUGGUGACCACCUACCAGCAGCCCAGCCAGGGCCUCGUGUGCCCGCUGCUCUACCCCGUGGAGCGCGAGGGGCCCGCCGAGAGCCCCGAGGAGCGAGACUACUCAGACGUGGAGGAGGAGCGGCCCCCCCUGCCCCCCAGGGCCGUGUUUCCGGCAGGGCCCCCCACUGGGCCCCCCGCGGGGCCCCCCACUGGGCCCCCCACUGGGCCCCCCACUGCGGAGGCGUCUCGCUGUGGGGGGGCUUCCUCCCUGCUGCUGCUGCAGCAGCGAUGGCAGGAGGCCGGGGCCGCCAGCGUGGGUAGCGAGCUGGCGGCACUGGUGGGUGACUACCUGUGCCAGGGCGUGCCGGGGGACACGGAGGUGGCGCGGGGCCCAGCGGGGGGGCCAGGGGGGGGCCUCCCCCACCUCACUGCGCUCUUCCUCAACGCCUCCAGACGCCUGCACAGUGAGCUGAACUCGCUGCUGCAGGGCCUGGAGGCGCUGGGGCGGCUGUUCGAGGCGCCGCCCGGCACCCCGCUGGGGAGGGCGGCGAAGAGGGGCAGCCCCCCUCCCAGUGCACAGGAGGGUGACUUAGAGCUGCUGCUGCUGAAGCUCGCCUCUCUGCGCGACGUCUUCUCCGGCACCGAGAAGAAGGUGUUGAGGUACCUGCAGGACCCGGCUCCCCCUCCCCCGCUGGGCCCGGCUCCCGUCAAGACGGUGCGGCGCUUCCGGCUCAUCCCCAUACAGACGUUUGAGGUCAAGCUAGACGUGGGUCUGGCCGACCUGGCGAAGAUCGGCAAGUCGCAGCGCUACGAGCUGCAGGUGGACGUGGAGGGGGGGCGACUCCUCGUGCUGCGCAAGAACAAGGAGUCGGCCGAGGAGGUGCUCAUCUUCCCACACGACAAAGUGCGCCAGCUGAUCAAGUCCCAGCGGGCGCAGUCCAAGCUGGGCAUCGUGUUGGAGCGCGAGCGCACGCAGCGCAGGGACUACGCCUUCGCCAGCCCCCGGAAGCGCGAGGCGUUCUGCCAGCUGAUGCAGCAGAUGAAGUCGCGGCACUCCCGCCAGGACGAGCCGGACCUCAUCCCAUCUCAUCGGCACCUGGAACAUGGGGCACGUGGUCACGGCACCGCAGCAGCCCCGCCGGCGAGGCAGCUGGGGUCGUGGCUGACGUCACGCGGCCUGGGGCGCACGCGCGACGAGACCACGGUGGGCAUCCCGCACGACGUCUACGUGCUGGGCCUGCAGGAGAACGCCGGCGGGGAGCGGCCAGAGUCCGGGGUGUCCCGCAAUCGUGUCCGCGGCGGGGUCGGAAGGGCGGCGGGGCUCGGCGUCCCCGCAGCCGUGGCCCCCCAUCCCGACGCUCCCGCGUCGGCGGCGCAGAUCGCGGCCCCGGUCCACCGCGGGCCGACCACUGAGCAGAGGCGGCUGUCAGCUCUUGCGGGCCCCCCCCGUCAGGAACAUGGCGGCUCCCCGCCGCGGAGAGCGCAAGAUGGCUGCUUCCCGCCGUUCUUCCCCUGCCACGCCCAAGAUGGCACUGGCAGCGCAGGCAAGGCCGAGGCCUGCGGAUCACCACCGGGCCUCCCCGACGCCAUCGCCGGCGUGACGAGGUCGCACAGUUGCGCCAGCACGGUUUUCAAGGUCUCCAGCUGCGCCGCCAUCUGCCUCUAUCUCUCUCAGCUGCUCUCCCUGCAGCCCCACCGCUGCUCUCCGUUCCACCCGUGCCCGGACACCGCUGGCCAACGGUGGACACGUGACCGGAUCAAGGUGGGGGCGGGGGCCCCGGGGCCACCUCAGGGGGCCACGUGGACAGCAGAGGGAGGAGCUUCUAGAGAGUUCUCGAAGGCCCCCAGCCUCACGUGA